AUGAGCGACCCCCCGGCAAAGAAGCAGCCGGCGCAUCCCGUCGUCACCGAGCUCGAACAGUCAGAAGCCAGCGGUUCCGACUCUCCGCACCCCGAUGCCCCGAUCGACGAAGCUGGUCACCUCGAGAUCCAGGAAAACGACGGCACGCUAACGCCGCGCUUCAUGCAGGACGAAGGCGCCUGGAAACGGUGGAAGUGGGUGCCCUAUCCCGUGCGUAGGUUCACCAAGGCCACUGUCAAAUGGGCUCACGGACCUGCGAACCCAAAGGAUUACAAGAUCAGGCCGUUUCUGCCAGCGGUCCAGGAGGCCCCGCUGAGGCUGGUCGACCGCUUCCUGCCAAACAAAACGCACCGGGUAUGGCUUUUCGUCGGAUAUAUCGCCAUCUGGAUCCUGACCUUCUGUCUGGUCAUGCGCCAGGGUCUCAAGGCAUCCGAGAUCGAAAGCUACGGCACGCCGAGUGAUAUCAGCUGCGGUACGACAUACUGGCUAUCUGGAAACCAGUGUGGGACGGACGGGAACGACUGCAGACCAUUCACCGACAGCGGGUUUGCUUUCAAGUGCCCAGCAAACUGUGCAGGCUACCAGGUCUUGAACCCAAGGGCCGUGGGAGACCAGGAGGUCGUCUAUACACAGCUGAUCGUCGGCGGCCCCUCCGAUCCCGCCAACACUACUUCUGCUAUCUACCGGGGCGACUCCUACAUCUGCGGUGCUGGAAUCCACGCUGGAGUCAUCACCAACGGCAAAGGUGGCUGCGGAGUGGUCAAGCUCAUUGGGAGACAGUCAAAUUUUGUCAGCUCGACGCGGAAUGGCAUCACCAGCAUUGGCUUCAAUUCGUAUUUCCCGCUAUCGUAUACCUUUGAGACGGGGAUUGAGUGCGAGUCACGAGAUGUGCGGUGGUCGCUGUUAGGGGUGUCGGUAACCUUCACCGCCGUCCUGUCUCUGAUGACAUCCUCAGCUCCUGUGUUCUUCUUCACCACCUUCGUCGGCAUAUUCUGGCAGGUCGGCAUGGCAUCUGAUGCACCCUCCCACACGACAAUUGCCGGUCUCUUCUCGGACAUUCUUGGCAAGUUCCUGCCAGCCAUGUUCAUUGCAUGGGUGUUCUACGACAAGAUGGGCGUCCGCCGAACGCUGAAAGACUUGACUGCGCAGGUUGAGAAGACCGUGCUCUGGCUUGGAGGAUGCUGGGUCGGAGCGUUGACCAACUACACCUUCGACUUCAUCCCCAUCCAGAGGCUCACGGGCCAUGACCUGGAGCAGCAACCGGGCGCCAAAGCAGCCUUGGCAAUCAUUAUCAUCGUCUUGGCAGCCAUCAUAGCUUCUCAGGUCUGGUUCUUUAGGCAGGAGGCACGCCUCACCAAGUACCUGAAGCUCUAUGCUCUCUUCAUUGCCGGCAUCAUUGUCUGUCUUGUGUUGCCGGAUCUUAGCUUGCGGCUUCAUCAUUACAUCGUGGCCCUUCUACUCGUACCGGGCACGAGUAUGCAGACACGCCCUGCGUUACUGUAUCAGGGAAUCCUCAUCGGGCUGUUCAUCAAUGGAAUUGCUAGAUGGGGCUUCGAUUCCGUCCUGCAAACGUCUUAUGCCCUUCAGGGCGAUGCGCAACUCAACUCUCCCCUGCCAAGCAUAGUUGCACCAGUCGUUGACUGGGCCGCAAAUGCAUCCAGUGCCGUGAAUGCUACAGCUGCCGCCGCCUUAUCGACCAUUACUUUCAGGUGGAGUUCACCGCCGGCAUCUCAAUACGACGGCAUCAGCAUCCUCGUCAACGACGUUGAGAAGUUUAGAAACUACUUCGCAGACGCUGACGCCGAGAGCAGCUUUGUCUGGACCCGCAACAGCAGUCUGGAUUUGGAUGAGUACUUUAGGUUUGCCUGGAUGGAAGGCAGCUCGACAAUGGACUACACGAAGGCAGGCAUAUGGACUGCAGAUGGAACUUGGACACAGAUGGCGGAUGGACCGUCAAAGGUUAAGGCGAGGAGCUUGGAUGGGGAGUCACGCGCGCUCUUGAGAUGA